GCCCCGUGGCGAGCCAUGGCCGAGAAGAAGCAGGCGGCCAAACCCGGCGGCGGCGAGCCGGAGGAGGAGGUCCCCGCCUUCUUCAAAAAUCUGGGCUCCGGCAGCCCCAAGCCCCGGCAGAAAUUCUGUGGCAUGUUCUGCCCGGUGGAAGGCUCCCUGGAGAACAAGACCAUCGAUUUCGACUCCCUGGCCGGGGGACGCGGAUCCCCGACGGGCAAGAUCGUGGCCAAGCAGCGGGACGUGGCUCACCUCGGACCCGAGGCUUCCUCCGUCAGCUCGUGGCAAGGCAGGAAGGUGGAGAUCCGGAGGGCCACCGGCAAGGAGGCUUUGCAGAACCUGAACGACAAGAGUGAUCGCCUUUUGAUCAAGGGGGGCAAAAUAGUCAAUGAUGACCAGUCCUUCUACGCAGACAUUUAUAUGGAAGAUGGGUUGAUAAAACAAAUAGGGGAGAAUCUAAUUGUGCCAGGAGGAGUAAAAACCAUUGAGGCUCAUGGACGAAUGGUGAUCCCUGGAGGAAUUGAUGUCCAUUCUCGUUUCCAAAUGCCUGACCAAGGAAUGACCUCUUCUGAUGACUUCUUCCAAGGAACAAAAGCAGCCCUAGCUGGAGGCACCACUAUGAUAAUUGAUCAUGUUGUUCCUGAGCCAGGCACCAGUUUGAUUUCUGCAUUUGAUCAGUGGCGAGAAUGGGCAGACAGCAAGUCCUGCUGUGAUUACUCACUGCAUGUGGAUAUCACAGAGUGGCAUAAAGGGGUUCAGGAGGAGAUGGAAGCCUUGGUUAAGGAUCACGGAGUCAAUUCCUUCUUGGUGUAUAUGGCUUUCAAGGACCAUUUUCAGCUAACAGAUUCUCAGAUUUAUGAGGUCCUGAGUGUAAUCCGUGACAUUGGUGCAAUAGCUCAAGUCCAUGCUGAGAAUGGGGACAUCAUUGCAGAGGAGCAACAAAGGAUCUUGGAACUGGGAAUCACUGGCCCUGAAGGACAUGUUCUGAGCAGGCCUGAAGAAGUGGAGGCUGAAGCUGUGAACCGGGCUAUAACCAUUGCUAACCAAACCAACUGCCCCUUAUACAUCACCAAGGUGAUGAGCAAAAGUGCAGCUGAAGUCAUUGCCUUGGCCAGGAAGAAGGGCACUGUGGUGUAUGGGGAGCCCAUUGCAGCAAGCUUGGGCACCGACGGAUCUCAUUACUGGAGUAAAAACUGGGCCAAAGCAGCUGCUUUUGUCACUUCUCCACCACUGAGUCCUGACCCAACUACUCCGGACUUCCUCAAUUCUCUGCUGUCUUGUGGAGAUCUUCAGGUUACUGGCAGUGGCCACUGUACUUUCAAUACUGCCCAGAAAGCUGUUGGGAAGGACAAUUUUACUUUGAUCCCACAAGGAACCAAUGGAACUGAGGAAAGGAUGUCCAUCAUCUGGGAUAAAGCUGUGGUUACUGGCAAAAUGGACGAGAACCAGUUUGUUGCUGUAACUAGCACCGCAGCAGCCAAGAUCUUCAACCUGUAUCCACGGAAGGGGCGCAUUGCAGUGGGAUCUGAUGCUGACCUGGUAAUCUGGGAUCCUGACAGCGUCAAGACAAUCUCAGCCAAGACACAUAGCAUAAAUGUGGAGUAUAAUAUCUUUGAAGGCAUGGAGUGUCGUGGGUCUCCCUUAGUGGUCAUCAGCCAAGGAAAAAUUGUGCUGGAGGAUGGCAACCUCCAUGUGACUGAGGGGUCUGGCCGAUACAUUGCCAGGAAACCCUUCCCUGACUUUGUUUACAAACGUAUCAAAGCAAGAAGCAGGCUGGCUGAAUUGAGGGGCGUCCCACGCGGUUUAUACGACGGCCCUGUUUGUGAGGUAUCGGUGACACCAAAAACAGUCACACCAGCUUCGUCAGCCAAGACUUCCCCAGCGAAACAGCAGGCUCCACCUGUGAGGAACUUGCACCAGUCUGGAUUUAGCUUGUCGGGUGCACAAAUCGAUGAUAAUAUCCCACGGCGUACUACGCAGCGCAUAGUUGCACCACCUGGUGGCCGCGCCAACAUCACCAGCUUGGGUUAAAAACAAAAUGGGGGGAGAAAAAGUCCACUUAGCAGAUGGUGGGAGAGGGUGGGGCACUUGAAAAGACCUUUUUUAAAAAAUUCUUUUAGAGCCUGUGAUGGUUACUGCGGGAAAGCAGCGGAUAAGGCCUUGUUGAGGCCGUAGUCUCUCUCUUACCUCCCUUCCUUUUAUUGUUAACAUUUCCCACCUCAUCUCUUCACAAAACCUGCUCACUUCUCCCUUCCUCCACAUUUGGGAGCAGACACCCUCCACCCCUUUUCCAUUUUUGAAAGAGAUAAGCAUUGAUGUGUAGAACUUGUAGUUGACGUGACCAUGAACAUUGUUUUUUUUUUUUUUUUUUGCUUUGCCUCUUUUUUUUUUUUUCAUCUUUUAAAGGAAGGAUAAAGUGAAUUUCUGUGAGCUGCCUCUUUUUUUCUCCUCUAUUAAGGUUUGGUUUUCACUUUUGUGAAAGAGAAAUAAAGGGUUUAAACUGGA